GCAUCUUCAGUUCAGGACGGACACCAUUAAACGGCGCGCAGAAGACCGAAGAAGGUGAGGCGGCGCAUGACUUGAUUUCACAUUUGAUACCGUUUGCAAGUUGAAGAGCGAUACCGUCUUUCAGCUAUAAACACCUGUGUUUAAAAGCCAAGAUGCCGGGAUCGGCCAUGGCGUGUAGAUCUAUGUGUGAAGUGUUCGUCCGUCGAAUGGCAUCCACGGCAACGGCGGCUGUGCGACCCUCGGCCACUGAGCUGCGUGCCCUGCGCAGUGCCCUGUUCGCGAAGGAGCAGGCUAGACAGCGCGCUCUCAUCACACGCACAGAGAAGAUAGAGGUUACGCUGCAGGUGCCCGGCCAGCAGGGGACACUGCUCAUCAUGAACAAGGACAUCUCCACGCCACACUGCUGUGCUCGUCACCUGACAGAGUGGCACGUUAACAGCUCGGCUCUGGCCCUGGUGGAUGGAGAGCCUUGGCCAAUGCACCAGCCCCUCACCCACUCCUGUUCUCUGUCGCUGCUUCAUUUCAAGAUGGAGGAGCCCCAUGAUGUGAACAAGGCAUACUGGCGCUCGUGUGCCGCCCUGCUCGGCCAGGUGCUUCAGAACGCCUUCAAGGAAGAAUUCGCUGUGGACCUUUUGAGAAGCCCAGAGCUACCAGUGACUUCAGGAGCUUUUUGUUGCGAUAUUGUCCUGGAUCCACGGUUAGAAUCCUGGGUGCCGUCAAAGGAAGCGCUUCGCUCCCUGACCCGGGAUGCCCACCAGCUCAUCCAGCGGAAUCUGCCCUGGGAACCUCUGCAGGUGUCGCCCUCUGUGGCCUUGGAGGUCUUUGUGCACAGCAGCUGUAAGCAGAAAGAGGUGGAAGACAGAGCAGUGGAGAGUGGAAACGGUUUAGUUACUCUGUACAGGUGUGGGGACCAUGUGCUGCUGAGUGGAGGCCCCCUGGUGGCCAGGACGGGCCUAUGCUCUCAGUAUGAAGUGACCGCGAUCCACAGUCUGGGCCAGACGGAACUGGGACUGUAUCGGCGAGCACAGGGGCUCUCUCUGCCCCUGCAGCUGCAGGCUCAGCACACUGUAUGGCGGAGGCUGAGGGAGAGAGCCGAGCGCUUGGUGGAGGUGCCUGCAUCCCCAGAGUCAGCAGCUGUAGUGGAGGUUCCUGGUUCUGAAGUCCAGCAAUCCCAGAAUGCUCCUUCCCCAGCUCAGCAGUGAUGUCACCUCUUGCUCCUGACAUGUCUAUGUCUGUGUCUGCAACAAAAGUGGGGAAAAUGUUCGCGUUUUCCUCUGUGUCCAUCUGCUUUCUGACCAAUACACUCAUUUAUGGACAGUCUGGAUUCUUUCACUUUGAUAAAUGAACCCAAAUAAAGUGAAUUAUAUUUUUAUUUUGUAUUUGUUUUGCAUGUAAAAAAUUGUGAAAAUUGCUCACAAAUGUAUAUUGUAAAUCAAGCAGUAUGAAACAUUUUGUUCUACAGAAUAUUUCAGAGUUCUUGAGACGAUCUUCUGUUUCAAAGAACGCUUUUGGAGAAAUAAAAUGACUUUUGAAACCUA